AGACACACACUUCAUCGCUUACUAAAAGCAGCUAGCUAGCUUCAAUUAACACAACAUUUUCUAACUCCUCUCUCUUUAUAUAUAGCUGCUUUGUUUGGUACAUUCAUUUCAUAUCAUGGCUCCAUCAUUGGAAACCAGUAACGGUGAAGCCAUGCACCUUAAACAGGUUGAAGAAGAGCAAGAUGGUAUACUUUUCGCCAUGAACAUGAUGUCUACCAUGGUGUAUCCGUUUGUGGUUCGGACCGCGGUUGAGUUAGGGAUCUUUGACAUCAUAGCGAAAGCCGGUGAAGGUGCGAAGCUAUCAGCAGAGGAGAUUAUAGAGCAACUUGGCACAAAGAACCCUGAAGCUCCCACGAUGUUGGACCGGCUUCUCAGGUUAUUGGCUAGUCACUCCAUGCUAUCUUCCUCUCUUGAUGCUGAAGAUCUCCAACAUGGCCAAAACUCUCCUAAGAGGCUCUAUAGUCUUACCUAUGCUUCCAAGUAUUUUGUCACUGAUGCUGAUGGUGUCUCGUUCGGAGCUACCUUGAACUUACUUCUUGACAAGGUCUUCUUGGAAAGCUGGACUGAACUGAAAGGAGCCAUCUUGGAAGGGGGUGUAGCAUUCAACAGGGUUCAUGGCAUGCACUCAUUUGAGUACCCAGCAGUUGAUCCUAGGUUCAAUGAUGUUUUCAACAAAGCUAUGUUCAACCUUACUACUAUAGUCAUGAAGAGGGUUCUUGAGUUUUACGAAGGGUUUAAGAACAUUAAUAGGCUUGUGGAUGUUGGUGGUGGUCUUGGGAUCAAUCUCAAUCUAAUCACUUCUAAAUAUCCACAUGUUCAAGGUGUUAAUUUUGACUUGCCACAUGUCAUAGAGCAUGCUCCUACAUACCCCGGUAUCGAACAUGUUGGAGGAGAUAUGUUUGAGAGUGUUCCCAACGGAGACGCCAUUUUUAUGAAGUGGAUACUUCACGAUUGGAGUGAUGAACAAUGCUUGAAGUUGUUGAAGAAUUGUCAUAAAGCUAUUCCUAGUGAUGGAAAAGUGAUUGUUGUGGACUUAAUUCUUCCCAUUUUGCCCGAGAGCACAGUUACUGCUAAGAGUGGUUUCCAAGCUGACCUCUUAAUGAUGACUCAAAACUCAGGAGGAAAAGAGAGAACCCAACAUGAAUUCAUGGAAUUGGCAUUAAGUUCUGGAUUCAGUGGCAUCAAAAUCGUUUGCAGUGUCUCUGGCUUCUGGGUUAUGGAAUUUUAUAAGUAAACACACUUAUCGAGUGUUGCUCAAAUUGUUCUUCUAUUAUCCUUGCUUGUUGCUUGAAAAAAUAGUAUCAUGCUCGAACAUUAUUUACCAAUUAUCUAAGGACAUAUGUUCAAUCUUUGUUGUUGUUAUUUAUAUAUAUAUAUAUAUAUAUAUAAAAGAUAUUAGCCAAUAAA